GCUGCACUGUGAAAUUAUAUAAAACGCAAUUGUGAAACGGCCAGCCAUUAUUAACUGUGAACAUUGAUGACGAAGUGGUUGUCAUUUUAAAUGAACAAAGUGGUUAGCGCAAACCAAAUUAAACAUUAUACACAACAAAAUAUAUAACAAACCGCAAAUCGGCUUGGAGAGAGAGAGAGCAGCUAAAGCACCGGCUGAAGAAGCAGCAGCAGCAGCAGCAGCAAUAUGCUCAACUCAAAUCCCAAUCAUUCGGGCAAUAGCCGGCGCCCCUUUUCACGCAACUCAUCGUCGGGGCGUUCGCAUCGUGGCCGAAUGCUCUACUCGCCACAUCCGCAGCAGCAACAGCAACAUCAACAACAGCAACAACAGCAGCAGCAGCGCAAUAACAACAUCAGUCUAGUGCCGGGUCAUAGUCCUUGGUGCAAUGUCAAUCUAAGUCGUCAUGACAACGGCAACAACAGUAAUAAUAAUAACAACAACAACAAAGAUGCUGCCGAUGCCAGAAAUUCGAAUUGCGAUGUACAAACAAGUAAUUCUAGCGGAACUUGUAUUUAUAACAAUAGCAAAACGCAUCAUCACAAUAACAGCCUUAACCUCAAUCACAGUCACAGCCACAGUCACAGCCACAAUCAUAGCCAUCAUUCACAGACACGGGCCAACACCCACACUCACACAGAGUUUAACAGAAGCAGUAACCGUAAUAGCAGUAGUCACGGUAACAGUAACAGUAACAGUACCAGUUAUCAGCAGCAAAACUUGACCACAGCACACAACAUUGCCAAUGAAAACAGCAGCCUUACUAUAAAUAGCAAUAUUCGUUCAAUACACAGUAACAAUAGUAAUAGUAAUAAUAACAAUAAUAUUAAUAAUAAUUAUAACAACAACAGGAGCAAUAACCAUAAUACAAAUAGGCAUAGAAGCCAGUAUCCCAGUUAUCAUGGCCACUACUAUGAUGCAAUAUGUCAGAGUGCGCCUACGCCGCCCGCUUAUGGUUCAAUGUCCGUGUCCGUUGUAAGACUGAAUCCAGCACGCUUAUGUUUAACUGUUGCCACGCCCACACCCUCACCGCCUAACAAUAGAAAUACUAAUGCCGCACAUCGUCGUUCGCCCCUUGUAGUGUCCCUUCCAGUCGCCAAUCUAUCCAAUCACAGUAAUUGCAACAACCUACACUUUUUAAGCCGAAUUCCUAACCUAACCCCAAAUCAUAAUCAUCAACAAUACUACCACAACAGCAACAGCAUCCAUCUAAACUACCACCACCAACAUCAUCAACAACAACAACAACACAACCAAUUGCAAUUACCACUACCACCAACACCACCACCACCACCACCACAACAACAACAACCGACUAAUCGCCAAUCCCUCCCGCUAACACGUUCGAAUUCAAAUUCAAAUUCAACAAACGCAACAACUUUAAUCUCAACAAAUACAACAACAAAUAGUAACACUACUGAUGUUGUGAAUGUAAAUUCUUGUACUGAUAUAAUUCCUCAUGGGUCAACAACAACAACAACGUCAAUGCCACAAAAUCAACAACAACAACUACAACAACAAAUGUGUUCACAACGACAACAACGACGGUCUCAACAACAACAACAACAACAACAACAACAACAAAUGUCCCCUUCACUACUUAUGAUCAACUUAAACCAAUUGACUGAUUCUCAUAUUAAUAAUGCAAACAACACACAUGAUUCCACCAAUAGCCAUAAUCAAGGACCAUCAGGAUCACAAUCAAGCUCCAACCAUGGGCACAACAAUCAGCGCAAUUACAACAACAACAACACCAAUCGCAGCAAUAAUGCAAAUGGCAGCAAUAACAACAAUUGUAUUUCUGAUUUUAUGAACUAUCGCCGAUCCUUAACAACAUUGUCACGCGAUUAUCAACAACAACACCAUAAUAAUAACAAUAAUAAUAAUAACAACAACAACAACAAUCGCCGACAUAAUGCUGGCAGCUACGAGCGAAAUGUGAAUAAUCAUUUUGGCAACGGCAAUGCGGAUCAAGGCAUGGACCAUAGAAGCGAUGGCAACUAUAACUUUAUGCGCAACAACAACAACAGCAACUAUGGUCGCAAUGGUGCACACUAUCAGCAGCACUACAACAGCAGCAGCAGCAACAACAACAACAACAACAAUGGUGCAUCUACGUCUUCCGCUGGUGCUGGGCUGAUGGGUGAAAUGCCCUCGGGCUCGGGCUUGUCUGGCUCUACACUCUCGCUGAACAAUGGGCCCGGACUCAACGGACUUAACUCCGACAGUCCAUCGCGCAAGCGUCGCCGCAUUUCCGGUCGUCCCAGUCAGUCGCCACCAGCCAUUUGGGAGCCCAGGCGCUCGCAGCGCGUAAUGAUGCAACAGGGCAGUCCGCCACUGCGUCGGCCACGCCUGCGCGAAUUGGCAACCUCAACGCAGCAGCAACAUUCGCAAUAUGCCUCGCAGCAACAUCAUGCACAGCAGCAGCAGCAGCAACAGGCGUCAAGCUACAAUCAGCUGCAUCAUCAUCAUCAUCCCCAUCAGUCGUACUAUGCAGCGCAGCAACAGGCGCCGCAUGCCCAUGUCCAUGCUCAUGGCCACAGUCACCCGCAUUCGCAUCGCUCGCCCUGGGAGUUAACUAGCAAUAGCUCUAGCUCCGCUGGCUCCAGCGGCAUCGGCUCAGUUGGUGCCAUUUUACCAGCGCCCAGUCAUCAGCCUAUGACUUCUGGACCACCACCACCGCCACCCACCUCGCUAAUGGUCGACCUCAACCAAAUGCCCGUCAGCUUGGCGCUACGCCACGAGCCCAUCUGGGCCUCCUUCUGCACGUAUCCAAUGCCAGCGCAGGCGCGUCUAGCGCCUUGCCAUCUGCACGGCAUUUACGCGCAGCCCUUCUCCUCGGCCCCAGCGAACUUGGCGGCUGCGCCCAUGCAGGUGACUCAGGUACCCACGCCCACGCAGGUGGCAGCUGCGGCCGUUGCGGCCCAGGCAAUGAUUCAACAGGCGACCAUUACGGCUCAGGCACUGCAGCGCGAUGUAACUGCCAUUGGUGUGGCCAAUCUGACCCUGGAGCCUCCCAGUGCGCAUCAUAUGGACGGUCAUCAGGCAGCGGCCGCUGCAGCAGCCGCAGCGGCAGCAGCAGCAGCUGCCACAGGGCAAUCGGUGGGCGCACAAGCGCCGCAUCCACAUGCUCACCAACUACCGCCCAGUCACAUACACAUCGCUUCGAUGAGCGCUGCUCAGCAUCUACAUUCCACGGCGGCCGCCGCCGCAGCGGCUGCUGCCCAUGUGACGCAUAUGUCGGCUGGACCGCAGCAGAUAAUCAUCUCGUCGGAGAGACGCACAUUCCCGCCGCACAGGCGCAUGCCUCGCUUCUGGCCGGCCAACCAUGGACCUCAUCGGCAUGUGCUGCCGCCCCAACCGCUGGCUGCCCACCAGGCGCCCGUGCAGAUUCAAACCGCACAUGGCAUUAUCAAUCCGGGCUUCUUGCUCAACUUCCUUGCCAUGUUCCCGCUUUCGCCUUACAAUCAACACGAUCUUAGCUCGGCGGAUACCAACGAGACGGAGAACUAUGAGGCGUUGCUCAGUCUGGCCGAGCGCCUGGGCGAAGCUAAGCCCCGUGGCCUUACACGCAACGAAGUUGAUCAGCUGCCAAGCUAUAAAUACAAUCCGGAGGCGCACAGUGGCGAUCAAUCCUCGUGCGUGGUUUGUAUGUGCGAUUUUGAGCUAAAGCAAAUACUACGCGUGUUGCCCUGCUCCCAUGAAUUCCAUGCCAAGUGUGUGGACAAAUGGCUGCGCUCCAAUCGCACUUGCCCCAUUUGCCGUGGCAAUGCCUCGGAUUACUUUGAUAGUCCGGAACAUCAGCAGGCGCAGGCACAGGCACAAGCGCAGACAGCGGCCUCCAAUCCAACAGUGGCAGCCAACUCGCAGCAAAGUCAAGCAGCAGCUUAAGCAAUAAACAACGCACAUGCACACAAGCAACAAAUACAAUAAAAACACCAAGAACAACAAUAUGUAAACGCUUUCGCCACCUCGUCCAGCAGUAUCAACAAAUGGAGCUCAGACACACAAACACACACACACAGACACACAAACUUACACAUAUACCAAAUUAGCCAAUAUAUAUUUUAUAGAUAUAUAAUAUAUAUAUAGAUAUAUAUAUGAAACGCAACGAAUCCAACUGCCAAAUCGCUUCCCUUCAAUAGUUUAGUAGCUCUAAGGCGGUAAAUCAGUUUCACAUUUAAUUUCACCAAGAAUUCAUUUAUGCAUAGAACACACAUUUGUAACACAUACGCAUAGGUUUGUUAAAUGUGAAUUAAAACAGUUAGUAACUUCAGCUAGAUGGUGCAACGGUGCAACUAAGAACAUAAUAUAUAUAUAUGCUAUAUUAAUUAGACAAACAAAAUCAUGUUGAGCUCAACUGCCGCCAAUGCUUCUGCAAUUAUGCAUGUGCAUACAUACAUACAUUCGUAUAUAACUACAAGUAUGUAUGUAUUUUAAAAUUUUGCUGUCCACACAUUUAUA